UAUAAAAAACAUGUCAUGUGUACGACCAACUGUCAUGACAACAAACAAAUUCGAUUAAUUAUUUAGAUGAAGUUAGUCUGUACUAAAACAUCAUAUGAAUUAAGUUUGUGUGAUUUUUUGUAGUACUAAACAAUGAGCUAGAUUUCGUACUCAGCUAUGGGCCGCACGCGGCGGAAAAGAAGCCUAAAAAAAGCGCGCGCCUUCUGUGCAUGUGACGACCAAGAAGAGAUCGUGUUAUUGAACACUUGGCUCGCGAAAAAUUCUAUGCAAAGAAAUAAUAAGCUAGUUCUAGCAAUAUUCGACGAUACUGGCAGGGGUGUGCUUACAAAGAAGAAAGUACAAUGCGGAGAGGAACUGAUGAAUCUGCCGCUAAACUUGACUAUCAACGUAACUACGAUUUUGAUGGAUAACUUAUUUUGUAGAAUAUUUUUAGAGAAUUCCAAACUGUGUUUAGUAGAAUAUAAGCAAUCUGUGUCGUUUCAGUCCUUGAUGGCAUUUUAUCUUGCAUUUUUAAAGUUCCAGAGUGACAAAACAAAGUGGCACAUUUACUUAGAAAGUUUGCCAAAAGAAUACACUGUUCCUUACUUUUUGCCAAAUGAAAUAAAACUUAGUGUUGGUAACGAUAUCCAGUCUGUGAUUUCAAAGCAAAAAGAUAUAAUUGACACAUCUUAUAAUGUUUUUGUAAAUAUUUUAUUAACUAACUUAAGUACAGACAACAUAAUCAAAGAUUUCAAAAAGUCCUUUUCUUUGUCAUCAUAUGAAUGGGCCUAUUUUACAGUAAACACAAGAUGUGUGUUUAUGGAUUUAACAAAAGUGAUUGAUUUAAAGAAUGUUGAGAAUUCAAUUAUUAACCUAAUAUGUGAUAAUACCAAAAUAUCAUUGUGUCCAUAUUUAGAUAUGAUAAACCAUAGUCCAAAUGCAAGAAACGAAACCAAGUUGCUGGUGAGCAAAGAUAUACAGAAUAUUAACAUUAGUAAUUUAAAAGAGGAUUUAUUUUCUAAUAUACAUUUUUCAAUAUACACUAAGAGUGAUUUUGAACCAUAUACACAAGUAUUUAUAUGUUAUGGAGAUAGUCAUAAUUUGAAAUUGAUAACAGAAUAUGGAUUUUUCUUGCCGGCCAAUGACUUGGAUUAUGUCUCAUUUACAUUUGAAGAGGUUUCAUUAUUUUUAAGAACAAAUUCACUUAAAUUAUCACAGGAUCAGAUUUCUUUUAUCAACAGUCAUGGUUUGAAUAAGGAAUUGUACAUUGAUUGUAAAGGCCUAAGUUACAACUUCUAUGGGCUGUUAUUAGUUGUUAAGUACUACUAUGAUCAAAGUUCUGAUGUAAGUAGGUUGAUAUACUCUGCAGCCAUUUGCUCCCAUGAUAAUAAUUUGAAUGAUAUUAUUUCACCAAUGGUCAAAGAUAAAUUAGAGAGUAUAAAGGUAUCUUUAGAUAAACUAAGCAAUGUGAACAAAUGUGUUAUUUUGAAUAACUGUGUAGAACUUAUGUGUCAAUAUGUUAGGAUAUUGGAGAAAUUUAUUAAAUGUUAGAAACCCA